AAUUGAAGCCGAGUGUAGUUGCUUGUUUGGAAGAAUUCUCUUUGAUGGGUUAGUACUGUUCAUUUCUCAUUAUCAGCUUUAGUCAAAUCCAUUUUAUUAUAGUACACAAUUUUUUUUGUUUUUAAAGGCAAAUUAGGAGAUGUGUUCUGUAAAUCGCUGAUUUAUUUCACUUUGACAUGUUAAUCUUUUAACUUUUCUCCUAAAUGUUAUGAUGUUUCUUCUUUUGCGGUGUCUGAAGCACUACUUUGUUGAGUCGAUUAAAUCCAAUGCAUGUUUAAUAUGUAAUCCUCAAAUUCACUGUGAUUUACGGUUUCUGCAAAUAGUGAAAAAUCCCUGAAUAGUAAACCAUUGGGUGAAACUAUGUUGCGGCAAAUGAGAAAAUCUUUCUAUACGAAUGUUCCUCUUUCACAUAUGGAAUAUAUACGAAACCUUGCAGUUGGAAAACUUGGCUUAGAAUAUGUGAAGGAGAAGGAAUUAUACUAUGUCAAGCUUUCAGACAACAUGCACACUGAUUUAACUGUCACCAGCAAAUGUAUGGCGGUCAAGGAUCAGGAGAAAUUUCAGCUCCAUAAGAUUGAGGUGAACCAAGUAAACAACAUGGUUGCACACAUGAGCUGUCUUGGCAAAAGCUUAGACCUGAGGUUGAUGUUACGUACCAAGAAAAUCAUGAUGGGUUUACUUCAUUGAGUAUCAAAUAUCUUGAAAGUCAUAGGUCGUAUACUCAUACUUGUAAGUUCCACCCAAUAUUUGGAAUUAUAUUUCUGAACUGGAAACAUCUCCAUUCAAUUAGUCUUGGUUGAAAUUUCUUGUUUUCUCAUGUUUCGUGGAUUUAGGGAGGGUUGGAUGUUUGUGAAUAGCCUACUGGGUUGAUCCUAUAGACUCCAGUAGGAUAAGAUGCUCAUACAGGAAUCAUUUCUACAAUGAAAUUCAAAAGAAGGGGAAGUAGAAGAGAGAGGAAAAAGGAAAAGGAUUCAAAGGCAAACAGUAGAAAUGAAGAUAUUCUUCAUAUACAUUCAGCGUUAGGGGGGUUACGUAAUGAAUUUUAUUUGCUUUGGGAUCUCAAAGUAGCAAUCCUUAUCUUAAUAAGAUUAAUGGCUUCGAAAACCCAACCAAGGUGAAGUUACACCACCAAGUAAGCAGAUUCCUUUAGUUGGAAAAUGAGGUGUCCUUUGAUGUUUCUUCAAGUCUAACGCCUUCAAAUUGUCCAGUAAUAUAGUACCAGGGAUGAUACUUUUGAUAUUUACAUUGGCAAGCACAGGUAUUAACAAAAUCCAUAGAUUUUAGAGUACUGGUGAAUUUUGUCUGCUUUUUUAAUGUCCAUAUUUUACCUCCACUCCAGAGAACAAGGACCUUUUUCUGUGUAACUUUAUUUUAUAUGCACUUUAAUUUCCAUCUUCUCAUCAUGACUUCUGCACUCUCAACUGAAAGGACACCGGUAAUGUUAUCUGUAUAACUUAAUAAUGUGUUCCUAUAUAGAU